AUGGCUCUGGCAUUUGUGCAGAAGCUCGGCCAAGACGCAUUCCAGUAUGUCCUGGGGGCAGACAACACACCCGAGAAUAUCAAUGGCUGCGAUGAGCUGGUCGAUCUCCAGUGUGGGCGCACGGUCUUCAACAGCGUCCCAGCCCGGAUGCGGGCUGAGCUCUGGCUCUCGCAGAUGCAUCGGGAUCGGGAGGCGGUGCAGGCCUGUGAGGAGUUUGCGCACCUGGUGUCACGGAGCCUGCCUUCCUCCGUCCAGUCGGAGAUCGAGAAGGACCUCCACCGCACCUACCCAGGCCAUUGGAGGCUGUCCACUCCACCGGGGCAGCGGGCCCUGUUCCGCGUCCUCAAGGCGUAUGCGGUGGCGGACCCCAGCAUCGGCUACACCCAGGGGAUGAACUUUGUCGCAGGCCUCAUCCUGUCGUAUGUCCCGUCGGAGGCCGGCGCGUUUGGCGUGUUCUGGCUCAUCAUGCACGGCCGUGGGCUGCGCGACUGCUACAAGCCGGACAUGAGCAUGCUCCAGGUCCGACUGUGGCAAAUGGGCAGGCUGCUCCCCCCCCGCCUGGCGGCGCAUCUGGAGGCCCACUCCGUCCUCCCCGUCCUCUACGCCUCCAGCUGGUUCCUCACCUGCUUCGCCUCCGACUUCCCGCUCCCCUUUGCUGCCAGGAUCAUGGACCUGGUGGUCACCGACUGCUAUGCGGCACCCAUCAUGAAGGUGGCGCUGGCCGUCAUGCGCGCCGCCGCGCCGCUGCUGCUGGAGGUGGAGGACAUCGAGGCGGCGGUGGACUACCUGAAGAAGGACGUCCCGCGCUUGCCGCUGGAGGAGCUGCAGGAGAUGCUGACGCUGGGCCUGACGCGGCCCUGGACCCCCCGCCAGCUGGCCGUCCUGGCAGAGCUCAACGGCAGCGAGACCGUGGCCCAGGCAGUGCGGCGCGUGGGUGGGAAGGGCGGUGCCGAGUCGCCGCGCGGCGUGGCGGGGCGGGGUGGUGCCACGCCCUCGGCCCCUAGUACGGCGGAGCCGAGCCCGCAGGAAUCUGAGGCGGCGGGGCUGGGGCCGGAUCGGGGUAGAGGGGGCGAGGCUGCGAAUCCCAACACCGACGGCGAGGAGCUCGAUCCUGGAACCGUGCUGCUCGUUGCCGAGGGCCGACAGCACCCGUCCAUGCCCCAGCCGCCUUCCGGCACCCCCAGCAUGAGGUCGCUGAUUGACGUGUCCCCGCCCGCCGUCCCGCCGGCCUCCCUAUGCAUCGAGCCGGAGGUGGGGGCUGGCGUGGUGCUGGACAGCAGCCUGAGCGAGGCACUGUCGACCUUUGCCACCACGGCAGCCGCCGUGCCCCUGCACACGCGCCGGGCGCCAUGCGCGCCGAGCGGAGACGAGCCGGAGCCGGGGCCGCCGCGCGGCACCAGCCCCGGCCGGAGCUGCGUGGACCUCACGGGCGUGUUCCGCCUCUCGCCGCCGCCGCCGACCUCGCCAUUUGCGGCGGGGCGGGGCAAGAAGGGAAUGAAUGAGCCCAGGGCCUUUGGCAGCUGGAAAGGGAGCGAGGCCUCGACGGUGGCUGCCACGCCGACGCAAGUCACGCCUGCCCACUCUGGGCGCAUGCUGGCGACCCUGGACGAGCUCCUGGGCGGCGGCAUGUCCUGCGAGCAGUCCAGCAGCACCUCACUCCUCUGA